AUGUGUGGGUUUACCGACGAGGAAAAUAUAGCUAGGUUGCAGCGAAGCUUGAAAGGUCGAGCGUACGAAGCGGUGAGAUGUCGGCUGAUGCAUCCUGCCAAUGUUAACGGAGUUAUGUCGACGCUAAAGAUGCUGUUCGGGCAGCCUGAAGUUAUUGUCAACUCGAUGAUUACCAAGAUCAACUCGCUCCCAGCGCUGAAGGAGGAUAAAUUGGAAACGCUCGUGGACUUUGCAGUCAACGUAGAAAACUUCUGUGCGACAGUAGACGCGUGUGGUCUGGAGGAGCAUCUUUACAACGUAACAUUUCUUCAUCAACUCGUCAACAAGCUGCCGCCUUCUAUCAAGUUGAAUUGGGCUCAAUAUAGGCAAACGCUUCCAACGGUCAAUCUUCCGUGGUUCAGCACCUGGCUCUAUUCUCUAGCGGAAGCCGCCAGCGCAGUGAUUGUUCCAAACACCAGCUUCGACCCCAAACCAGUUCGAAGCGAUGUUCGUGGAAAUAAGAAAGGGAAUUCCUUUGUCAACGCACACUCAGAAGAACCUGUAUCGGAUCCCCGCACCACAUCGUCAUCCAGAUUGAAAGUACUUCACGAUAGCUGCCCAGUAUGCAAGGGAACCUGCAAGUGGAUCGCCAAAUGCAAGAACUUCAUAGAGUUCUCUCGUGACUCACGCUGGGCUACAGUGCGAGACCUCGGCCUCUGUCGGAGAUGUUUGCGUCGACACAAUGGAGGAUGUCAAGCCAAGCUGUGUGGGAAGAACGGGUGCGAGCUAAAACACCACGAGUUGCUACACAACGAUCAGAAGAACACGUCACCGUUCAAGGAUACAGCACCCAAUACCACGAACAAACCUACAACACAGCGCAGUGAUCCUGCUCAACCAGGAACAAGUACGUCGGGACACGGAUGCCAUACUCAUCAGGUUACAUCCAGUCAGGUUCUAUUCCGCUACCUGCCGGUAGUACUUCAAGGAAAAUACGGUUCGAUCAAGACGUUCGCCUUUCUGGAUGACGGAUCAGCGCUCACACUUCUAGAUAAAGAUUUAGCCAAGGAGUUGCAGCUUGAUGGGGAGAAAAAACCACUGUGUUUGCACUGGACGGGUGGAGCGCAACGACGAGAAAUCAACUCAAAGGCCGUAAGUCUGGACGUGGCAGCAACACAUUGCCCCACCAAGAGGUAUACCUUGAACGGCGUGCGCACAGUAGAUGAGCUUCUGCUUCCAUCACAAACGCUCAAUGUAGAGGAACUCGGCAAACUGUAUCCUCAUCUCAAGGAUUUGCCGAUCACCUCGUAUGAAAAUGUUCGCCCGAGAAUUCUGAUCGGUAUGAAGGAUCAACACCUAAGCCUGGUCCUAAAGAGCCGAGAGGGAACACGUGAGCAGCCGAUCGCUGUGAAGACCCGACUAGGUUGGACGAUUUGUGGAGGAGGAAACCAAGACGAUGUUCCAAACCUAGUGCACUCAGUGUUCCAUAUGUGCCCAUGCGAAUCACAAAUGGAUGAGGAUCUACACAAGGCGAUCAAAGAAUACUUCACAAUCGACAGCUUGGGAAUUGCGCAACCGAAGAUAGCACUCAUGUCCGCAGAAGAUGAACGAGCCCAAACCCUGCUUGAAUCUCGCACCGUUAUCAAGGGUGACCGCUACGAAACCGGCUUGCUAUGGCGAUAUGACAAUAUUCGACUGCCGGAUAGUCGCCCUAUGGCUCUGCGCCGGCUCCAGUGUCUCAAGAAACGGAUGGACAAAGAUCCAAAGCUCGCUGAAGCGAUCAAUUUGAAAAUCGCCGAUUUCGUCAUGAAAGGAUACGCUAGAAGACUCACCAAUGAGGAGCUGAAGCAACCAUUCCAUCGGGUCUGGUAUUUGCCGACUUUUCCGGUUGUCAACAUCAAUAAACCGGGAAAAAUCCGAAUUGUAUGGGACGCUGCUGCCUCUGCGUAUGGAGUAUCGUUAAAUUCGGCUCUAUUAAAGGGUCCUGAUCAGCUUUGCGCACUGCUCGCUAUCCUCAUCCAGUUCCGGGAAGGCAAAAUUGCGCUCACUGGAGAUGUGCGUGAGAUGUUUUUACAAGUCCUCAUGCGCUCGGAAGACCAGCAUUGCCAGCGAUUCUUCUGGUAUGACGAGGAAGGUAACAUCGUGGUCUACAUCUUGCAGGUGAUGACCUUCGGAGCCUGUUGUUCCCCUAGCAGCGCUCAGUUCGUCAAGAAUAUAAACGCGGAACGAUUCAAAGCAGCAUACCCAGCAGCAGUUGAAGUCAUCCAGAAGUGGCAUUACGUCGACGAUAUGCUGGUAAGCGUUGAGACGGAAGAUGAGGCAUUUCAACUUGCGCAACAGGUGAAAAAGGUGCACUCAAAAGCUGGAUUCGAGAUGCGCAACUGGAUAAGCAACUCGAAACGCGUUGUGCGGGAUCUGCAAGAAGAACAUACAGAUGAGAAGAACCUCGAUCUGUCGCUGGAGCUAGCCACCGAGAAAGUGCUCGGAAUGUGGUGGUGUACUGAUUCAGAUACCUUUACCUACAAGGUCGGAUGGACUCGCUAUGGAGAAGCGCUAUUGAAAGGUCAACGACAUCCAACCAAGAGAGAAAUGUUACGCGUUCUUAUGUCUAUGUUUGAUCCGCUCGGACUGAUCGCACAUUUCCUCAUGUACCUUAAGGUGCUACUUCAAGACGUCUGGCGUUCCGGUAUAGACUGGGAUGAUGCAAUCGACGAUGCGCUGUUCGACAAGUGGCAAACAUGGCUGCAAGUGCUCCCGCAGGUUGAACGAGUCAGCAUUCCUCGAUGCUACCGUGCACGAACCUCUCCCAAUUGUAAAGACAUCCAGCUACAUACGUUUGUUGACGCUGGAGAUAACGGAAUUGCUGCGGCCUGUUACCUGCGCUUCGCUCAAGAUGAUGUCGUAGAAUGCAGAUUAGUAGCAGCUAAGACCAGAGUCGCUCCGUUGAAGUUUCUCUCAACACCUAGACUAGAACUUCAAGCAGCAUUGGUUGGGGCCAGGCUAGCACAAUCCGUAUCAGAUGCACUGUCAUUCCGAAUCUCUCGUCGCCACUACUGGUCGGAUUCCCAGGACGUACUUUGCUGGAUCAAAUCUGACCACCGAAGAUACUCCCAGUUUGUCGCGUUCCGAGUUAGCGAAAUCCUGGACACCACGGAGAUGAACGAAUGGAGAUACGUUCCUACAGAUUUAAACGUAGCAGAUGAUGGGACGAAAUGGAAAGGACUUCCUAGUUUGGCUUCAGAGACGAGAUGGUUCACCGGGCCCGAGUUCCUGCAGCACCCGGAAACUCGUUGGCCAGACUCAUAUACUAGCUCGAAUGAAGCCGUUCUCGAACUUCGCCGUAGCGUAUUAACUCACUUCAUUGCCCCGGAACCGAUAGUCUGUUCAAGCGAUUUCUCAGACUGGAAUCGGAUUGUGAAAGUGGUUGCUCUAGCUCAUCGUUUUCCUGCCAACUGCAAACUGAAGCGCCUCCAGCAACCGAUCGUAAGCGGACCUCUCACCAACCACGAAAUACUCACUGCCGAAUCCUAUCUCAUUCGCGUAGCACAACAGGAAGCCUAUCCGGAAGAAAUAGCAGUGCUUCAGAAGUCGCUACAGUGCUCGGAUCAACUAUCAACCCCGAUCCCCAAAUCAAGUCCGCUACACCAGAAGACGCCAUGGCUGGAUCAGAAUGGAAUCCUGAGGAUGCGCGGCCGCAUCGCCGCUUGUUUCUACGCAACCGAAGAUGCUAAACACCCCAAAAUACUCCCCCGUGACCACCACACCACCAAGUUAAUCGUUGCACACUACCACCAAAAAUACCACCAUCAGAAUCACGAGACCGUGAUAAAUGAGAUACGACAAAAAUACAGCAUACCGAAGCUACGCAUGACCUACACAAAAGUGCGAAGUGACUGCCAACGCUGUAAGAAUGACCGAGUGAUCCCGCGCCCACCAAUCAUGGCUGACCUGCCUGCUGCACGACUUGCAGCUUUCGAACGCCCAUUCACCCACGUUGGCGUUGAUUACUUCGGUCCGUACGAGGUCGUCAUAGGCCGACGAGUCGAGAAACGCUGGGGAAUGCUCGCUACCUGCCUCACAAUUCGCGCAAUUCACAUCGAGGUCGUUCACUCCCUCAACACCGAUUCUUGCAUCAUGGCGAUGCGAAACUUCAUUUCCCGCCGAGGAAAACCACGGGUGAUCUACAGCGAUCGAGGUACCAAUUUCAUUGGUGCAAAGCGGGAGAUGACGGAAGCUGAAGAAUCAGUCAACCAAAAUGAACUGAUGAGGGAGUUCGUGGAUGCUGGAACAACCUGGGAGUUCCUGCCUCCCUCUUCUCCACACAUGGGCGGUAGCUGGGAGCGCUUGAUCGGUUCCGUCAAAAAGAACCUAAUGGCGAUCCUACCAGCACGGAAGCUGUCGGACGAGGUCUUACGGAACCUGCUGACUGAAAUCGAGAACACGGUGAAUUCCCGCCCACUGACGCACGUUCCUGUCGAUGACGAUUCAGCUCCAGCCUUGACGCCCAACCACUUCCUUCUGGGCUCUUCCAAUGGAGUCAAGCCGCUCAGCACCAUUGAUGACAGCGGAGCAGUUACACGACAAAGUUGGCGAUUGUCCCAAGCCCAAACUAACCGGUUUUGGAAGCGUUGGGUAAGCGACUACUUGCCCGAGAUAACCCGGCGUACCAAGUGGUUCGUACAAACGAAGCCGAUUGAGGUCAACGACGUUGUGGUGAUAGCGGACCCGAAGAUGCCACGGAACUGCUGGCCGAAAGGCAAAAUAAUCUGCACUCAACCUGGACGAGACGGCCAACCCAGAUCAGCAACGGUGAGGACAUCGACCGGGAUCUACGAGCGUCCGGUUGCCAAACUAGCUGUUCUAGACGUGCGACGCGAAGCGGAGUAA